AUGCGUAUCUCAUUUCUUACCCUCACGCUUUUAAGCGUUAUCUACUCAUUCCUGGGACAAGUCGAUGCUGCAGCAGAUCUGUUCCGCAGCGACACUCGUGGUCCAAAGUCAAUCAAGGCCAAUAACCCAUCCGGCUUCCUUGCUCGGGCCUAUGGCAGACCAGCUUCAAAGCAAGGCACAUUGCGAGACCAUGUGACCAACACUUUCAAGGGAGGUAUCCAGGACGCAUACAUCUCCACCACGACCGACGUGAAUGUUGCAAAAGAAAAAUUCAAAGAUGGAAAGUUUGUCUACCACCUCGACUCGAGCAAAAUUGGGGAUAAGGAAAGUGUCGCAGAGCACUAUGCGAGUCAGAAGUUGAAGAAUCCAUAUGCGGACGAAAAGGAAGUCUCGGCCAAACUCAUUAUACCCUGGGCUGCGGUGGUCAAAGUUGAGCAGAAAGUGAAUGGUGUCUGGAAGUUCAUCAAAUUUGAUGAUUCGGCACCAGCGGCUGGCCCGUCAAACCCGGGAGAUAAGCCCAAAACUCCUACUCCCGCAGACAAAACUCCAACUCCUCCUGGAAGCAAACCUCAAACUCCUGCUCCCGGUGACAAGCCUCAGAGCAAAAUUCCCGUCCCGGCCUCCAAUCCCGCUCAAGACACCAAGUCUGCUCCAGAAACGACCAAGCCUGCUCCGAUCACGGCACCUGGAAGUAAGAUCCCGACUCUGACUAAACCCAAGAAGAAGGGCGGCAAGAGACACGCCCGCGACAUCACUCACGGCGAUGAGAUUGACGUUGAAAAGACUCACGGGGACGUAGAUGAGCUCUAUGAUGACGCAGAUGAAUACGACGAGUAA